AUGCUUAUCAACAGUGACCAGUCCUCCCAGAUCAUGCGCUUUCCGAGAUCCGAUAAGCUCGAUGCAUGUGUACUGAUGCACAUCAAGUAUCGUGGUCCUUCUGCGUUAGACCUGGAUCUUAUCGGGACCGAAGGGGAGCGUCCAUUCACUGGCGCAGUACGGCAGUCACGCCUGAACUCAUAUCGUUCCAAGAACUAUCGAGGUACCGAGGAUGAAUGGACGCACAUCCUUCUUCACGUCCUUGGACAAACAAACCAGUUCAAGAAGAAAAAAGACCUAAUUCAAACGCUGGGGAGUCUAUCUUUGAGUCAGAACGACGAACAUGCUAUCCACCUCUAUGACUGGGCUUCUACCGCGAUAGGGAGGGCGGACUACCUUGCUGUACACUGUGCAACCCUUCAAAAUCGCUAUCGUAUCGCUGAGCAGACUAUCGAGAAUCUGACUACCCAGCUCGAUGAACUCAUUGUCGCCAAGACUCGGCACGAAGAACAGUUGAUGAACAAUUUCAUGCAGCUUCUCAACGAGAAGAAGCUGAAAAUCCGCAAGCAACAGCGCGUAAUAGUGCCCGCAGAGCUUGCAGUGGAGGAAGAGUCCAGAGGUCAGGAUAUAGUCCCGGGCAGCACCGAGCAACCUGCAACCACCGGAACGCGACCGGAUCGUACAGCCUCGAUAGCUUCCUUUAAUGCAUGGAGCAAGCAUAGUGGCCUCGAAAAUCUUCAUGGUGAGCGAGGCGAGCGCCAAGGAAGCUCCGAUGCAGUGUCAGAUACAAACAACGAGUUGCCUGUGACGCAGCGGUCUUCAGAGGAAAAUACCGACUCUAGCGAUAAUCAGGAUACAGAAGGGAUGACAAACUAUGGUUCGCGGACACGUAGCUUUGGCUCAAAAGAGAUCCAUUCACCUCCCACAGGCAAGAAACAGCUGGUUCCACCCAGAGGGCUUCCCUUCGCCAAGACGACGGGAGAUACCAUAGUCACUACACGACCAGAUCAACACCAACAAAGAGAAGCCAGCAGCAGUGCAGGAGAGACAGACGAUGAUGAAUUAUAA